AUAUCAUUAGCAUGUGAUUAACGCCAAGCUAGAAGCUGCAGAGUGAAGCAGGUGCCGAACAUGGCGAGUCAUCCCGGAGCCGCUCUCCGCUUCCUUCUUCUGGUAACCGGACUCCACGCAGGACUGCUGCAGCAAGGAAGAAGUUCCAGUCUUCAAAGUUCCUAUGAAAACAUUGAUUUGCUCUAUGAGCCACUACAGAUGUCUGGGGAGCAUCAGAACCUUGUAACUGAAGAUGUUACUGUGGUGGAAGGAGAAGUUGCAAUCAUCAGCUGCCGGGUAAAGAAUAGUGACGACUCUGUCAUCCAGUUGCUCAACCCUAACAGACAAACCAUCUACUUCCGGGAUGUCAGACCCCUGAAAGAUAGCCGAUUUCAGUUGGUGAACUUCUCCAGUAACGAACUGAGAGUUUCACUCUCUAAUGUUACUCUGGAAGAUGAGGGCCGUUAUCUCUGCCAGGUCUACACUGACCCUCCUCAGGAGGCAUUUACAACAAUUACAGUGCUUGUUCCUCCACACAAUUUGGUAAUUGAUGUGCAGAAGGACACAUAUGUGGAAGGGGAAGAGGUGGAGAUGAAUUGUACAGCAUUGGCCAGCAAACCAGCAGCAGCAAUACGCUGGUUCAAGGGAAACAAAGAGCUUACAGCUGUUAAGACAGAUGUAGAGCCCAUGGAAGAGAGGAUGUUUCGAGUACGAAGUCAACUUGUGCUUACAGCAAAACGCGAGGAUGAUGGCAUCCCCAUUGUGUGUCUUGUUGACCAUCCAGCUGUGAAAGACCUACAGACCCAGCAGUACCUUGAGGUGCAAUAUAAACCACUGGUGAGCGUAUCUGUGAAAUACCCACAGGGCCUAACCAGAGAAGGAGAAACAUUGGAGCUUGUCUGUAGCGCUACAGGUAAACCCAGCCCAGAGAGAGUUUUGUGGCAGCGAGUAGAUGAUGAUCUUCCAGAACACGUCCUUAUCUUAGGUGACAACCUGCUCUUUGGCAACCUUAACAAGACAGACAAUGGCACUUACAGGUGCGAGGCCUCCAACAGCGUGGGCAGUGCUUCAGCAGAUUACACUUUGUUUGUGUACGAUCACCCUACCACCCUCCCACCACCCACAACAACCACCACCACAACCACUACAACCACCACCCCUUUCAUCAUCCCAGACGCAAGUGCAACGACAGAGCCAGCAGUUCACGACACCCGGGCAGGUGAUGAGACGCCUCUGGUAGUUGAUCAUGCUGUGAUUGGUGGCGUUGUGGCUGUUGUUGUCUUUGCUAUGCUUUGCCUUCUUAUAAUCUUGGGGCGCUACUUUGCUCGACAUAAAGGAACAUAUUUCACCCAUGAAGCCAAAGGAGCAGACGAUGCAGCAGAUGCCGACACAGCAAUUAUAAAUGCAGAGGGAGGUCAGAACAGCUGUGAAGAGAAGAAAGAGUAUUUUAUCUAGCUUGGCCUUGUUAAUGGGUGUGAGCUCCAUUCAGACUCACCGCUCAAGAGGAGAAGGACCUUCCAGCGUCUCGCGUUUUUUUUAUCAUUUUGGUUUUGGAGCGGAUGGAGGAGCAGGGGACCCAUCUGGUUUCAAGUGAAUGCCCCACAACACUGUCUGCUUUUAUUGUUUGCCACUUUCCUUUCAUGGGAUAAACAAGAGCUUGAAAUGUUCGUUUUUAUUUUGUGGAUGUGGGUGGGGGGGUGCAAGAAAAAUACGAAUUACAGGCUCGUCAGUGCCGGGGGAUGCUGUGUCUGUGUGCAGAGUACCUCUGUGUAGAGCCGUUUGCUGCAGACUCCUCCUCCACUGAUGAGGCAUAUUAUCAUCUGCAGACAAUUUGGUGCCUUGCUUGUCUAUUUUUUUCACACUUUCCUGAGAAGUUUUGUUUCCAGGCUAACUUUCAUGCCGCUUCCUGCCAGGGUCAGUCCUUCAGCCAGCCUUGUGCUUAUGUUUGUUGGGGCUUCUGUAUUUUUCAUAUGAAAUCACUUCUGUCUAGAGAAACUCUUCUUUCUGUCCUGGUGUAACUUUCUGAUGGAGUCACAAGUCAUUAACUCUCAUGCUAUGUUUUGGGGCCACUGCUGUAUGUCCAUAUCAUGUUAUUCGGUCUGUCCCUGCUGGUCUGUGUGUGUCAUUUGCUUUUGGGGUGCAACUUGACUUUCUUUCCCAAAUAGUCCUCUCUCAUUGAAAUCACUUCUCUCUAUACUCAUAGCACAUCCUACUUAGGGUAUUUUUCUCUUCAUCUCCUCUCUUCCUCCUGUGAUGAGGGCAUAUGUCUGUUUCUGCUGUCUGUCCAUAUUAUGUAAAUACCCUUUGGGUGGCUCUUGGGUGUUUGAAAAUUGAUGUAUUUGUCCAUGUUUUAUACGUUCUGCCAUUCCUUAUAUUAGGAAAUAUUUAUAUAUUUCUUGUGGCUCUGCCAUCUCCCUUGUCACUUUUCCUCAUUUGCCAGCCAUCUGUUUUUUUGCCUGUCCCCUUACGGAUGUUAGGCCUGUAAUGAAGAGAAGAUGCUCUGUUCUUCUCUGCGAAGCGAAUAAUCGAUCACUUUCUUUAUUAAGUGAAGAGACCUGGGAUGAGAGACUUCUGAAAACGAUUGCUUCGUAAGCGUGAGGAAGCUCCCACACCUCUCCCACCACCGCCUUGGAUAGUCGGUGGGAAUACAAGUGGACGUGCCUUUUUAUUCACUAAUGAACAAGCUGGAGGAAGAGGAGGGAAGAACAUGGGAAAUGUUUUGCUCUGAUAAAUUCUAAAACACUAUCAGCUUUUACUGACUGCCUCUUUCUCCCGCUACCUCUUGUUUAAUCCCCCUCUCAAACCCUUCAUUUUUUUCACCCUCUCUCUGUUCAUUGUCUUGGUACAGGGUGCUGAUGCUGUAGCUUUUCCUACGAUAGAGCAUCACUUCUUUCAGUGGAUGUUUGUUUCCAGUGCCCUUCUGUUUCAUAAUCACAGCAUUAAAGGUGCAGUUCCACUUAAUGCUAAAACCUUUAGUCCUCCAUUUGAGCCCCUACUAAACGCAGUCUGUAUUAUAUAUUCUGUAAUAUUAUUGUGUUGUCUGGAGGGUUCAGUCCAAAUUUGUUAUACUGUAAAAAAAAAAAAAAAAAAAAAAAAGAGAAAUGUCAUUGCUGCUAUAGAAGGUGUUAGCAGGGUAAGUGUGUUGCUUAUUGUUGCUCCCAUUGUAUAUUGCUGAGUAGAACUGCACCUGUACUCUGUCUUAAAGAUCUAACAUUUAGGUGGGUUCUUUAAAGAUGCCCACCAAAUUUGUUUAGUAUUUUUGUUGCUUAUGUGUAAAUGAAGACAGCAGAAAAGUUGUUAUAUGGGUGAGUGACCAAAGUCUUAGGUAGCAUUAUUCAGAUAUAUUUUUUAAUUGCUUGUGUGUGCCGGCAAUAAUCGGAGUACACGCAGCUCCAUAGUUUUAUCCUCCCCUUCCAUACCAUAAUUUUGUAUGGUAGUCUUGAAAUGAAACAUGGUGGUUUUGAAUAUAGCUUUCAUGAAGAUAAUUGCCUUCAUCUGUAGACUGGGAUACCAAGCACAUUACUGUAGUACUGUAUAAAUGUAGACAGAAGGAAACCUAAGGUAUUGCUAGGACACACAGAAAUAUCACAGUUUUGAGUUGCAUAUCUGAGAUCCUGAUGACUACAUUGUAGACCAUAUAUCUAUGUGCAUAUAUAGAGAGAAAAGACAUAUAUUUAUAUAGAACCUUGACUACAUAACAGUCACUACCUUUAGCAACCAUCUUCUGGAGAUUAGAAUAAUAUCAGACAGUCCCUCCCUGCAAUUUUUCGGUUAUUGUAUAUGAGUAUUUGAAUCAUGAUUUCUGCAAUGGAAUUUUUAAUUUAUCUUGUUUAUAUAGGUGAACAACUGUUUUUAAUCUUACAACCCAGCCAGCCUGCUACACAGUUUAUAAAGCAAUGUGCUGCUGAUUUUUAUCUGAUAAUUCUUCAGAUUUCAGAGAUUUGGGUCUUAUUUGCUUUAGCGGAGAAAUCUUUUACUUCUUUUUACCAAGAACGCAAAGAGCAAUCUGAGGGUAAAGCAUAUAUAAAAAUCCUAAAUUCUAUAGGCCUCAUAGGUGUAAUGGAUUCUUCCAUCAGUCCAGUAUAGAGGAAGUGAGAUUGUCCAAAAGGUCUGAGUUGUUCAAAUGAGAAAUAUUUCCUUGAUUAACUUGUUUUUCUGUGAAAACACUGACGUUUUUUCGUGCCAUGUUUGCUUCAGCAAACUGUUUUAUUACCCUAAUGAAAUAAUAUAUUUUAAUGGGCUGUAUUGUGGGCAGUAACAUGGACUUAUUUUUUAGGUCAUCAUUUGCAGACUAUUAGUAACGCAUGAAAGUUUGGAGGGUUUUUUUUAAAUCUUUUUUUUUGGGGGGGUAAUGGGAAUGUUCUAAAUGCCAUGAUGUUUCUUCUGCAUAGAGUGUUUUGAUUGAAUAUACCUGGACGCCUCCUCCUCUCUGACUCCAUUUAGCUUUCUGACCCCUUCCUUCCUCUGCUCCCAUAUCAUGAUAUCACAGGGAUUACUCUUGGAUUCAUGAUGCUUCAAAAUCAGCCUUUUUGUAGAUUUCUUAUUGCUAAGCCUUAAAGUGCUUUAACCAGCGGCCAUCUUUAAUGCACACAAAGGUAAUUUAUAGAGUGAGAUAAUGUGAUAUUGAAGAUGGGAGUGAGGGGAAGGUUUUAUAAAGGUUAUUCUCCAUACAGGUCAGUUUAGGGUGGAUUGUUAAGUCUCUUUGGAACUAGAUAUUUUAUCCUGUGUAUGCUCUUGUGUUACACCUCUUGGUGGCUCCUGUUUUGUUUAUUGUGAACGCCUGUUUUUGCUUCUGCUUGUCUCAGGUCCCUGUGUUCCCACCCUUGUCUGUUCUGUCUCAGGUAGGCUGCUAAACUUUAGCCCCCACAUUGGAAACUGAAACAAAAACAACCACACUAUGGAUAGAUAAUGAUUUUUUUUUCUCCUUUAUUUCCUUUUGGUCAUUUUGAUUUUUUUUUUUAAAUAUUUUUUGUAAUUUUUUUUUUAUUUUGCUUUUAGUUGUAUUAUUUCUGUAUUUUUUUUAAUAUACGGUACACUGUUCGAAAUGUAUUGUUGAGUAUUACUUUGUAAGAAAAUGAAAAUAAAAUCUAAAAUUAUU